AUGAAAAAACGUUAAUUGACCUCGUCAUCGUCUUCAUGGCACCGUGGAAUCUUUAUGCACAACUUCGCAACUCCCUGACUAAUACUAUGUUCUGCGCAGAAAGUCACUUCUGAGGUCAACUCAAGAGUCAAGACAAAACUUGACACCAAAAGCAAAAGACCUCUUUAGUGCAUCUUUACACAAGCUGCUCUUCUCAUCUUCCUAUGAAAUCUUGUUUCAUCUGUGUCCUGUUGUUUAUUUCAAAAGUUUGGUGGGAGGAAGUUUGGGUUUGAACUUGAACCCAUAUGGAGGAUAAUAUAGUACACGUUGCGCUGGGAAAAAAUGUGAAGGAGUACAAACCAAUCUUGGCGUGGGCGGUAUGGGCAUUAAAGAACUCUGGGGGUAAAACUAUAUGUGUCAUUCAUGUUCACCAGCCAGCAAAAAUGAUCCCAAUGAUGGGAGCAAAAUUUCCAGCAAACACAAUGAAGGAACGGGAACUCAGGGCAUACCGGGAACUUGAAAGGCAAAAAAUGCAGAAAAUCCUGGAUGAGUAUCUGCUUAUCUGUCGCCAAAUGGGGGUACAAGCAGAAUCACGACAUAUUGAAAUGGAGAGUAUUGAGGAGGGAAUUGUGGAACUCGUCUGCCAACUUGGGAUCAGGAAGCUUGUUAUGGGAACAGCAGCCUACUCAAAGAGAACAAUGGACAUCAAGUCUAAGAAAGCAAGAUACGUGCGCCUACAAGCAUCUAAGUCCUGUCGCAUUCAAUUUAUAUGCAAGGGGCGCCUUGUCCACACCAGGGAAGGUAUUUUAGAUGGAGCAGAUGUGGAGGUCAGACCAAAUCAAAACUGUAAAACUGAACCAUCAAACUAUGGGAGAUCACAAUCUGCGGGGCAAAAUAUUGGUGCAGCACCUACCAGCUUAGCUCAAGUUUCAUUUUGCAGUGAAAGGAAUGCUAGUAUUUACUAUAGUGUAGGGAGUGGAACAGACAUUUCUUCCCUUGAUUGUACUGAAGAGUUCUCAACUCCAAGGAGCAGGUCAGUUACAGAAGGGAGUUCAGAUGAAUGGUUUGAAUCUUCAAGGAGGUAUCCUCCAAGUUUGGAUUAUUCAAAAUGCUCUGCCAGUAGAUCAGUUGACAUAGCUCGGAUUUCAUCUGUUAGGUCUGAGGGGAGUGAGUUAAGCACAUUUCCUCAGUCCAUAGAGAGUCCUUAUUGUUUAUCUCCUCCUAGUUUACUGGAUGGAAGUGUAGAUGAAACUCUCUAUGCUCAACUUGAAAAGGCCAUGGCAGAGGCUGAACAUGCGAGGCGAGAAGCAUUUCAAGAGGCAGAGAGGCGCGCCAAAGUGGAAAAAAAUGCAAUUGAAGCUAAGCGCAGGGCUCAAGUGUUAGAAAGCUUAUGCACUGAGGAAUCGAAACAAAGGAAAGAAAUUGAGGAAGCUCUAGCAAAAGAGAAAGAGGAACAUGAAAAGGUGAAAAUUCAGCUAAACAAAGUGAUGGAGGAUCUCCGGGUUGCCUUGGAUAAAAAAUCAUCACUGGAAAGCCAAAUUGCAGAAUCUGAUGGGAUGGUAGAGGAGUUGGAGCUGAGAAUUGCAUCUGUUGUGCAAUUGUUGCAAACUUGUAAAAAAGAACGGGAUGAAUUUCUGGUGGAGCGUGACAAAGCAAUUGAAGCUAAGCGCAGGGCUCAAGUGUUAGAAAGCUUAUGCACUGAGGAAUCGAAACAAAGGAAAGAAAUUGAGGAAGCUCUAGCAAAAGAGAAAGAGGAACAUGAAAAGGUGAAAAUUCAGCUAAACAAAGUGAUGGAGGAUCUCCGGGUUGCCUUGGAUAAAAAAUCAUCACUGGAAAGCCAAAUUGCAGAAUCUGAUGGGAUGGUAGAGGAGUUGGAGCUGAGAAUUGCAUCUGUUGUGCAAUUGUUGCAAACUUGUAAAAAAGAACGGGAUGAAUUUCUGGUGGAGCGUGACAAAGCAAUUGAAGCUAAGCGCAGGGCUCAAGUGUUAGAAAGCUUAUGCGCUGAGGAAUUGAAACAAAGAAAAGAAAUUGAGGAAGCUCUAGCAAAAGAGAAAGAGGAACAUGAAAAGGUGAAAAUUCAGCUAAACAAAGUGAUGGGGGAUCUCCAGGUUGCCUUAGAUAAAAAAUCAUCACUGGAAUGCAAAAUUGCAGAAUCUGAUGAGAUGGUAGAGGAGUUGGAGCUGAGUAUUGCAUCUGUUAUGCAAUUGUUGCAAACUUGUGAAAAAGAACGGGAUGAAUUUCUGGUGGGGCGUGACAACGCAAUAAAAGAAGCUGAAGAGUUGAGAAGAAAAAAAGUUGAGUCCUCAAGCACGCGAAUGCCUCAAUUCUCUGAGUUCUCAUACUUAGAGAUUGACAAAGCAACUCAAAAUUUUGAUCCAUUUCUGGAAAUUGGAGAAGGAAGACACGGGAACACGUAUAAAGGUAUCUUGCGUGAAAUCCAGGUGGCUAUAAAAGUGCCACACCAACGUAACUUGCAAGACCCCUUAGGAUUCCAAAGUGAGGUUGAUACAUUGAAUAAGUUGAGGCAUCCGAAUCUUGUUACGCUGAUCGGAUACUGCCAAGAAGUUCAGGCUCUCAUCUAUGAGUAUCUCCCAAAUGGAAGCCUUGAAGAUCGACUCAGCUGCAAGGACAAUACUCCUCCAUUAUCAUGGCAAAUUCGAAUAUGCAUCGCCACAGAAUUGUGCUCUGCCCUCAUCUUUCUUCAUUCCUGUAAACCAUUCAGCGUCUUACAUGGUGAUUUGACACCCGCCAAGGUUCUCCUUGAUGCCAACUUUGUAAGCAAACUCUGUGACUUUGGAAGGUGUCGUCUACUAUCUCAUGAUCUAAGUUCAAACAACCUCACUCUGCGUUGGAAAACUGAGCUAAAGGACACUAGUUUUGCUUAUCUUGAUCCGCAGUUCCAUUCAACAGGAGAGCUUACUUUAGAGUCAGAUGUAUAUUCAUUUGGAAUCACAUUGUUACAGUUGUUGACGGGAAGGCCGCCCCGGGGGUUAAAAAAGGAAGUGAAAUAUGCAUUAGAUGCAGGAAAGUUAGAAGACCUCUUGGAUCCUUUGGCUGGAGAUUGGCCAUUUGAGCAAGCUAAACAGUUGGCUCACUUGGCCUUGAGUUGUAGUGAAAUAUACCGGGAGAACCGGCUAGACCUUGCAUUGGAUGUUUGGCCGGUACUUGAACCAAUGAGGGAGGAUUUGUGUGGAGACUCAUCCUCACUCCAGCUGAGUACCAAAGAACACUCCGAACCUCCUUCGUAUUUUCUCUGUCCCAUCUCCCAGGACGUCAUGCAAAAUCCUCAUGUGGCAACGGAUGGUUUUACUUAUGAAGAGAAGUUUUUGAGCGAAUGGUUUGACGGUGGACAUGACACUUCACCAAUGACAAAUUUGAAGCUUGAACACUGCAAUCUUGUACCCAAUUAUGCUCUUCGUUCAGCCAUUCAAGAGUGGCAACAAAAACAUUGAAAUCUGGGGUGGGGGACUAAUCAGGGACUGUAGCGGACACUGGAUCAAAGGAUUUGCGAGAUCCAUUGGUUUUGCUACCAGCAUUACAGCGGAAUUCUGGGCUUUAAGGGAUGGGUUGAAGCUGGCUUUGAGUGAAGGAAUUCAGAACUUGAUUGUGGAGUUGGAUGCAAGAGUGGUGAUUGAUCUUAUUAGCUCUAAUGUGGACACGGUUAAACCAUACUCUCCUCUUUUGUGUGAUUGCAGGUGCUUGCUGAGAAAGUUUCCUCGGGUUCAAGUGAAGCAUGUUUAUAGGGAAGGCAAUCGCUGUGCAGACACACUUGCAAGAUGGGGAUGUUUAAUGGAUGAUGCUUUUGUUGUAUUUAGUUCUCGCCAAGUACUGAUGUUUUGUUUUUAGUUAAUUCGGACUUGGCUGGCAUGUAUGUAAAUAGAACUGUUAACACUGGUCUCACCUCUAGUGUGGGAUAGCUUUAGUUUAUUUUCCUGUUAACCAAAAAAAAAAA